AUGGACAGUAUCAGUCGGAAUUUAGAUAGUCUGAUUUCGACCGAGCAGAUUGAAAGUGAGCCACCACCGUCGUAUCAGGCAGCGAUGGCAUAUCCGGCGAAUGCCAGUACGUUUCCGUCGAUGUGGGAUUCAUCAAACGCGCAUCCGAAACCAAACGAAGGCGGCGCUGUGCCACCCGGCUAUACCUCGUAUCCCCCUUACAAUCAGCAAUUCCCAGCACCCCCACCACCAAUUGCAGGUGAGCAGUGA